AGUUCGUAGGAAGGUGGCGGAGGAGGAAGAGGAGGAGGAGGGGGAAGGAGGAAGGCCUUCUCCCCCCUCCCCCAGUGGCCCCAAUUCACGACGGAAGAGACACGGCGCGGAUACUGUCGUGCCCCCAAACAAUCCCUAGCUAUGUCUCUACAGCAAUGGCCUCAGUAGGAAAUCCGGAAUUGCUGGAAGAGGCUCGAUCACCAGGGGUCUAUUCAGGAGAGAGGAACUCAGGAGAAAGUCUGCUUGGGAGACUAGCGUGCGAACCGUUUGAGCUGUCCGCCGGAACGAACCCCGCGCCCUGCUUCAGAUCAGUCCGUUUGCAUCCUCUCAGAGGCCUCCACCUGGCACUUUUUGGAGAGAAGCCAAGCAAGGCUCCGGCGGGUGGCUCUCAGCAGAGACUCCAGGGAAAGGCCACAUCUACCCAGCCCUGUACGAUGGAGGGCCCGGUGGCCUUCGCUGAGGUGGCCGUGUAUUUCACCAAGGGGGAGUGGACUCUCCUGGCCCCGGGCCAAAGGCUGCUGUACAAAGAAGUCAUGCUGGAGAACUACGGCCAUGUGGCCAACGUGGCUCCCGAUCCUGCCUUCCUUUCCAAACCUGCCCUCAUCUCUUGGAUGGAGGAAGGGGAGGAAGAACUAUUUGUCCAGGAUCCAGAGAGAGGAAAGAGAUCUGCAGUUACCUGCUCAGGAGCUGAUGGGAAAGAUUGUGUGGAGCCAAGUGUUAUGUCCUUGGAGACAACUGAGCAGGAGCGAGAGGGAUUCAAGAGGCAGAAGGGCAACCUGGAAGAGAGCUGGAGAAAGAAAGCCGUUCUUUGCCAGGAUGGCAACUACCACGAAGGCCCAUUUGAGCAAGACCAUCACAUGGCAGAAGGAAAGGAUGAGUUUGCUUGGUGUGCGGAAAGAUCCAAUUGGAAACCUAGCAUUGAUUCACACUGCCAACUGCACCCUUGGGAGUGUGGGAAGCGCGUCAGUCAGAGCUCAGGCCUUGUAUCACAUCAAAGAACCCACACGAGUGAAAAUGCCUUGGAGCAGGGUGGAUCAAAGAUGCAGGAAGAAAACCAAAGGGGGGCACAGAGGAUUAAUGUCCUUCCUUCUCAGAGUGAGGACGCCCAUGUCAUCCCAAUCGAACAAGAAAAAAGUAAUGGAAAGAGGAUCAAGAGGUGCUCUGUACAUGUAAAGACCUUUAGUCAUACAUCAAGUCUUAAGACACAUCAAAGAUUUCACGCAAGGGAAAGGCCACGUGGCUACUCAGACUGUGGCAAGAGCAUUCAACAUACUUCGCAUUUCAUUAGACAUCAAACAGUCCACAUGGGGGGAAAAACAUUUCAGUGCUUGGAGUGCGGAAAGGUUUUCUGCCAGAGCUCCAAUACAAAUCAAAGAAUCCACACAGGAGAAGAACCUUAUAAAUGCCUGGAGUGUGAAAAGAGCUUCAACCAGCAUUCAAACCUUACUUCGCACCACAGAACUCACAGCGGUGAGAAGCCUUAUCAAUGUCUGGAGUGUGGGAAGAGCUUCAAGUGGAAUGCACACCUUAACUCCCAUCAAAGAAUGCAUGUGGGGGAAAAGCCGUUUCAGUGCUUGGAGUGCGGAAAGAGCUUCAGCCAGAGGAUACAUUUGACUAAACAUCAGGGACUUCACACAGGGGAAAAACCCUUUAAAUGCUUGGAGUGUGGAAAGUGCUUCAGCCAGAGCUCCACUCUUACUUCACAUCAUAUAAUCCAUACAGGGGAAAAACCAUUUACAUGCUUAGAGUGUGGAAAGGGUUUCACUCAGAGAAUCCACCUUACGACACAUCAAAUAACCCACACAGGGGAAAAACCAUAUAAAUGCCUGGAGUGUGGAAGGCAGUUUAGUCAGAGCUCCAACCUCGCUACACACCAAAGAAUUCACACAGGGGAGAAGCCGUAUCAUUGCUUGGAGUGUGGAAAGAGUUUUAGUGAGCGCUCAAGCCUUACUUUUCACGAAAGAUUCCACACAGGGGAGAAACCUUACAAAUGCUCAGAGUGUGGAAAGAGCUUCAGCCGUAGCACGUGCCUGACAUCUCAUCAGAGAAUUCACACAGGGGAAAAACCAUACAAAUGCCGGGAGUGUGGAAAGAGCUUCAGUUGGAGCUCAAGUCUUACAAAACAUGAAGGACUCCACACAGGGGAAAAACGAUACAAAUGUUUGGAGUGUGGAAAGAGCUUCGUUAACAGCGGACACCUCACAAGACAUCAAAUAAUCCACACGGGAGAGAAACCUUACAAAUGCUUGGAGUGUGGGAAGAGCUUCAGUCAGAGCUCCAGCCUGACUUCACAUCAAAGGAUUCACACAGGGGAAAAACCAUAUCAGUGCCUGCAGUGUGGGAAGCGCUUCAGUCAGCGUUCAAACCUUACUAGACAUCAAGGAAUCCACAUCGGGGGAAACAAUACAAAUGCUUGUAGUGUUGAAAAACCUCCGUUAAUAGGCAACAACUUGCUAGACAUCAAAUAAUCCACACAGGAGAGAAAACUUACAAUGGUCAUAGUGUAGAAUGCGUUUCAACUAGAGUGCAUAGUCAGUCACUUAGGAAAGAACUUAAGUGAGCACUGAAAACAUUACCAAACAGCAGAGUCAGUCUCUAGCUAAACUAUUGUAAAUCAUCAGAAACCUGGGCAGGUUAACAUGGGGGAAAGUGGCCAUUGAGGUAGAGGGAUGCAAACUAGUCUUACCACGCAAACUUGUGCCUGUUUCAGAAGCAAGUCCCACUACGUUCAACAGGGCUCCCCUCCCACCCCCAGGUAAUUCUGUGUAGGCUUGCAGCCUGCCAGCCCCUCUGGAAAAGGUGACAGCUGACUGGAGAAGUUUCCAAAACUGAGGAAAGGACCUGCCAGGUUCAAAAGGAGUUUCCUGAAAGACAGCUGGUGUGUUUUCUUGCCCUUGCCCCUUCCUAGACUCCAUUUGGAGAUGAUCUGAAAACAAAGGACUCCUGGGACCACGUAGACCUUCCUUAGCAUAGCCCCUCACCCCAGGCAGUUGUAGAAAAGCCUACGGAGUCUGGUGCACACGCGUGUGUAUUUUGUUUUUGGUAGUUGUAGAAAUAGUUUCUUUUGAAAUUUAACUGUCCUGUAAACUCAGACUACUUUUAUGAUAUUAAUUUGUCAUUGCAACUAUGUGCCUUAAUGCCCCCGUUUCAAGUCGUCACUGUAGCGCAUGCAUACCGUCGAAUACUGGGGUUCCUUUGAUACGAUUUAAGGCUUACUGAGGUCUGGAAUAGCUCGGUGCUGGCAAGAUACUGAGGUUUUGAAAAACAGGCAGAGUCAAAGACAGGAGUUGAGGGGAAACGUUCCGAGAGCCUCCCAAUCCACAACCCCAGAAAAAGUAUCUGCCUGAUACCUGUGUGGAAGAAGUCUUGCUCAAUGGGGGCAGGACAAGGCCGAUGUUCAGCAUGCACUAGCAGCUGUGUCUGACCCAGAAACAUGGUUGUCCAACGGGUUCAUCUGAGCCGCCAUUCAAAGAGCUGUGUGGCUGGUCCCCUGCGCGGCUCCCAUCACAUCUGGAUCUCUGUAGCUGGCACAGCAGUUGAGCCCUCGCCAGGCAUCAAGACCCCCUCUGGGUUUAAGAACUGACAC